CUUGGGUUCUCAGGGGCGCUCGUUUCUUACGUCACUUCCUUCGCGGUUCUCGGGCCCACCCCCUCUCCAUCCGUCACUGGUAGAGGACGUGGCCUCUGGUUGCCUUGAAAAUCCUGGAGCAGCUCUUCUCAGGGAUGACAGUAACCACGAGUGCAAAAGCGAAAUCCCCACUCUCCUGUCCCCCUUAUCCCUCAGCCUCUCGGAAAGAUCAAAAUGCCUUUUAGGCUGUGGACGGCCCUAUGCGACUUCGUCACGCCUACAUGAGGUCACAGUCAUCUGUGCCGGAGGGGCAGGCCAAGGGCGAGGCGACUUCCGAGUGAAAGAAGCAGGGGCGGGGGCGUGGGGCUGAGGCGAAGGGGAGGUUGGGCUGGGUCCUGCAUGUUCUUAUCGCAGAGGAUUUUGUAAUUGACUUCGUCUCGUCCGGAAUGGCUCUCUCCCACUGAGUCUGCUGUCCAAAAUUUCCCCAGUAUGGAUGGAGAUGUACCACUAAUGAGAAUGCCUAUUCGAACCAUACUUUGAUGGGCAACUGGAACCAGGAAAGAUAUGACCUAAGGAAUAUCAUGCAGCCAAAGCCCUUACCCUCCCAGUUUGGACACUACUUUGAAACAACAUAUGAUGCAAGCUACAACAAAAUGUCACUUUCAACCCACAGAUUUAAGCAAGAGCCUCACUGGUUCCCAGGACAUCAACCUGAAUUGGAUCCUCCUCGAUACAAAUGCACAGAAAAGUCAGCUUAUAUGAAUAGCUAUUCAAAACCUCAAAUUGAUUAUCACUCUGGGACAAUAUAAUAUAUGAGCAUAUGGGUAUACCUCCCAAACCUUCAUUCUUUUAUAUUUCAUAUAUAGAUCUGGAAUUUGUGUUGUAUAUGAAGUGAGGUAGGUACCAAGUUUCAUUUUUUUUUUCUAUAUGGCUAUCUGAUUGUCUCAGCAUUAGCUAUUAAAAAGACCAUAUUUUCUCCACUGCUCUUCAGUGCUAUUUUUACUGUAAAUCAACUGUCUGUGAAUGUGUAAGUCUGUUCCAGGGCUUUCUAUUAGAUUCUGUUGGUCUAGUUGUAAUUCCUUGUACCAAUACCUCACCAUCUUAAUUACAAUAAUUUUAUAAUGUCUUAGUACCUAAUAGAUGAAGUCCUUUCACCUUGUUGUCUUUUAAGAGUGCCUUAAUUAUUUUUGACUCUUUGCAUUCCAUUUAAAUUUUAUAUCAACCUGUCAAGUUCCAUAAAAAGAAACCGUUAGGAUAAUGAUUGAAACUGCAUUGAACUGUUAGGUCAAUUUUAAAAGUAUUGAUUUCUUUACAUUAUUGCAACUCCAAAUACAUAAUCAUGGUAUAUCUCUCCACUUAUUUAGAUCUUUAAUUUCUCUCAGUAAUGUUUUAUGGUGAUCUGCAGAGAGGUUUUACACCAACAUAUCUUUUCUUUGAUUU